AUGCACAUUUUACAUUGUUUUGCAACUGAUAAUUUGCCAAUUAAAUUGUAUAUCAGCGGAUCAGCGGGCGUUGGAAAAAGCACAUUGAUCAACGCAAUUUAUAAUUUAUUAUUAAAUUAUUUCGAGGAUAUACCAGGUGAAAAGAACAAUGCAGUGAAAAUUUUAAUAUGCGCACCUUCAGGAAAAGCAGCAUUUUUGAUAGGUGGCGUAACGUUACACACUGCUUUUGCAUUACCGAUAAAUCAGUAUGCCGGACAAAUGCCAGAACUAUCUGCCGACGUGGCAAAUACUAUUCGAGAAAAAUUAUUUGAAUUGAAGUUGUUAAUUAUAGAUGAAAUAUCGAUGGUGGGUAGUACAAUGUUUACUCGAAUAGAUACUAGACUAAGACAGAUAAUGGGUCGUGAUAGAAGCUUUGGAGGAGUUUCUGUUCUUAUGGUUGGCGAUCUUUAUCAAUUACCACCGGUUAUGGAUACUGCUAUUUAUUCCUGUCCGAAAUCGUGCAAGUUGAGCGUAUUUUCUGAAAAUGUUCUAUGGAAUCAAUUUGAGUUUUUUGAGUUAACAGAAAUAAUGAGACAAAGGGAAGAUAAAAGUUUUAUUGAAGCUCUUAACAACAUUGCUAGAGGAACAAUGUCUGAAAAGGAUAUUGCUUUAAUCAAGUCGAGAGAAUCGACACAGGAAUACGUCCCUAAAGAUGCAAUCAGAUUAUAUACUGAUAAUCGCUCAGUUGAUAAUUAUAACAAAUUAAAAAUAGAUCGCGAAGAUGGCACAGCUUAUGAAUAUAAAGCAAAAGAUACAAUUUUAGGAAAAGUCAAUAGUAAGUUGCGAAACAAAUUACUUACAUCAAUUAAAAAUAAAAAAAGAACAGAAUGUUGUGGCUUGGCUUACAAAUUAUUACUAAAAAUUGGUAUUAAAUAUAUGGUAGUUACUAAUAUAGAUGUUGAGGAUGGAUUAGUUAACGGAGCAUGUGGCAUAUUAAGGAAAAUAACGUUUAAACAAGGUACAGAAGAACCGAUUAUAAUAUGGCUAGAUUUCAAUAAUAAUAGAAUUGGUAUGGACAACGAAGACCAUACGUGA